AUGCAACCUGGAAAUUGUAUCGAAAUGUCCAAGAUCUUCUGCUUCCUUGCCGUCGUCCUCGCCUUGACUGAGGUGAGCAUCUCCUGAAGUUUCCACUCUAGUCGCUUUUUCCAGGCUUGCGCCCCUCCAGCAGCCACUACCCAGAAACCGACGACCAAAGCGGCGACGACCGUCGCAACGUCGCCUUCGACGACGGUCAAACCUCCCGGAGACUUGCCCGCUCGAGGACCUCGUCGCUUCGUCAAAAGAGCCGCUGAAGGAACUCUCGUGCUGGUCACCAUCGUCACGACCAAGCCGUUCGAUCCCUCCGUCAACGACGCCAACGCCAGAAGCAUCUACGCGGCCGUAUGUCUUCUUCUUGACUGUCUCUUGACGUCUUCUGAUUGCAGGUCGAAGGAUUCGCCGCCGAGAACAACGUCCAGCUGCCCCAAGGCGACCAUCUCAGCCGGAUGGCGACGAACAACGGCGGCAAGCUGGCCGUCAAGCUCCUCGUCAAGGAUCCUUCUGCCUCCUGCGACGCCGUCAACCAGUCUGUCUGGGUUUCAGAUGAUGUCGUUGAUGUUCAAGUUCAGAUUCGCCCGGGCCGCCAAACAAAGCGUCGCCGAGGUCAACUACACCACCAUCAACUGCGAAGGAAGCACCACCGUCGUUUAG